AUGGAAACAGAAACUCCUCCCCUGAAGCCGACUUCCUCAAAGAGGAACAGUUUAUAAACGCACUUCUUUGACAGCAAAGGAACCCGGAGUCGCUCUCACACCUCUUCACACCUCUUCACACCUCUUCACACCUCUUCACACCUCUUCACACCUCUUCACACCUCUUCACACCUCUUCACACCUCUUCACGCCUCUUCACGACGCUUCACGACGUUGACCUUUGUUGACCUUUGGACAGGAGGAUGCUGCGGUGUGUGUGUGUGUGUGUGUGUGCGUUGCUGCUGCUGGCGGCCUCGGCCCUGAGCCGCCUGGACGAAGCCUCUCUGGACGCCCAGUGGGGGGAGUGGAAGCUCGCCCACCGGAGGGAGUACAACGGCCUGGAUGAAGAGGGGAUCCGCAGGGCCGUCUGGGAGAAGAACGCUCGUAUGAUCGAGGCCCACAACCAGGAGGCGGCGCUGGGCCUCCACUCCUACGAGCUGGGGAUGAACCACCUGGGCGACAUGACGUCCGAGGAAGUGACCGAGAAGAUGACCGGCCUGCAGGUCCCGAUGAACAGCGAGCGCGGCCUCGCCCCGGCUCUGGACCUCGCGGUGUCCAACCUCCCCAAAUCCAUCGACUACCGCAAGAAGGGCAUGGUGACGCCGGUGAAGGACCAGGGUUCCUGUGGCUCCUGUUGGGCCUUCAGCUCGGCCGGGGCCCUCGAGGGCCAGCUGGCCAAGACGACGGGGAAGCUGCUGGACCUCAGUCCGCAGAACCUGGUGGACUGCGUGACGGAGAACAGCGGCUGCGGAGGGGGAUACAUGACCAACGCCUUCACGUACGUGCAGGAGAACGAAGGCAUCGACUCGGAGGAGACCUACCCGUACGUCGGAGAGAACCAGCCGUGCCGCUACAACUCCUCGGGCAUGGCGGCCGAGUGCAAAGGCUUCCAGGAGAUCCCGGUGGGCGACGAGCAGGCGCUGGCCAGAGCCGUGUACAAAGUGGGCCCGGUCUCCGUGGGCAUCGACGCCGCGCUCGGCACCUUCCAGUUCUACCAGAAAGGUAUUUACUACGACCGCAACUGCAACCCAGACGACAUCAAUCACGCCGUGCUGGCAGUGGGCUUCGGAGUGAACGCCAAGGGGAGGAAAUUCUGGAUCGUGAAGAACAGCUGGAGCGAGAAGUGGGGCAAGCAGGGCUACAUCCUGAUGGCCCGUAACCGCGGCAACCUCUGCGGCAUCGCCAACCUCGCCAGCUACCCCGUCAUGUGAGGAGGACGAAGGGAGGGGGGCUUCGCUCGGACUGCGCUGCACACACGCAAAAUUUAAAUGCACUUGAAAAAAAAAUGUACGCAGAGUUCAUUCCAAACCCACGGAUGUAUUAUUAUAAAAAAAAAAAAAAACGCUUCCAAUUUUCGAUUUUGUUUUUUUUUGCCGUGGUCAACCGCAAAAAAAACUAAAACAAAAUCCCCCGGAGCCCAAAAUUCUAAAUAUGACGUCUGUUGACGGGGUCAAUUAUUAUUACUCGUGAGGCCAGAUGCAUGCUGGGAUUAACACUCCUGCGCAUCUUCAGUGCGGGCAACGCAACCUCGGAUGCAACCCGUGAAGCUAGACGUGCAAUUCUCAUUGAACCGAACGGGCGCCAUCAAAACCCCGACAAACAAUAACAGAGGAUUUCAUUUUGUGUAGUAGUGAUUAUGUUUUAUUGAAUCAACCAUACAUUUAAAACAAAAGAGAAGAUAUCAGACACGUUGGGAAUGAAGCUCUUCCAGUGAUGAAAAGGAAGUCUUGGAUUCCCAAUGUCCUUGAAGGUGUCCGAUGAGGACGUUUGAUUCAUCUCGAGUUCUUUGAAGCACUUUGAACCCCUGAAGACUCUCAGUUGUAUCUCCAUGAACAGAUGCAGCUCAGUUCCUCGGUUCCUCGGUUCCUCAGUUCCUCUAUCUUUGAGUACAGUUUGAGAAGUUUGAAUCCACUGUGACAGGAACCAUUGCUGGACAAUGGGAGCUCCUCCUUUCCUUCCGACGCAGACUCGGUUCCUGUUUUUAAAAUCGUACGUUUUAUUUCUCUUCUUCUGUUGAUCUUGUCGACUUUCUGUUCAACACUUCUGAAGGUUUUCUAUGAAUAAAAGUUUCAUUUUUUGAAGUUAAA